UAAAUAGCAGUCAUCGGACUGGCGAUAACCCGCAUGGUAUUUGAUUAAAUAUAUUACGGGAGUGAUCAUCAUCCAGAUUAGUUAGUUGGUUGCAGAACGUUUAUUCGGAAAGUAUUUCUUUAUUGCAAGCGACCAGUGAAUAUGGUGAUUAUUAGAUUCUUCUGCCCGGUGGAAGAGGCAAAGCGACAGCAAUUAUUGCAAAACUUUAGAAAAGUUAAUCCAAAUGUUGUUAAUCUCCAGAUAGAGAAGUGUUAUUAUGUGCAGAACUCAAAGUACAAACAGUUUCCCGAUGAAGUGGAGAAAAAAUUACGAUGGAUUUUGAAAGGACCGCAAGAAAAGGACAAUCUUUCAAUCCAAGCACGCCUGAAGAAAACUUCCCCCAAUGAAGAGCUGAUUGAAAUUGGACCGCGAUUUAAUUUUUCGACGGCGGCUUCUACUAACAGUGUCAGCAUUUGUCACAAUAUUGGACUAACCUUCAUUGAACGGAUUGAGGUGUCAUUUCGAUAUUUGCUUACACUGGGAAAAGCGAUCGCCAGAGAUGGUGGUGAACUUGAUCGCCUGAUCGAUACGGUUUGCGAUCGGAUGACACAAUUUCAGUAUACGGAAGCAAAUGUUCCGCGUAAUAAUUUCUACGAGAAUUUCACGAAGGCCAAUGAGAACUGGUAUGUAGUUCCAGUUUUGGAAAAAGGAGCCGUUGCUCUGAAGGAGGUGGACAAGAAACUAGGGUUAGCGUUCGAUGACUGGGAUAUUCAGUACUACACCAAUUUGUUUAAAAACGUUCUCAAACGCAAUCCCACAAAUGUGGAACUGUUCGACUGUGCCCAGUGUAAUAGUGAGCAUUCACGUCAUUGGUUCUUCAAGGGAAAAAUGGUCAUUGAUGGCAAGGAGGAAAGGCAAUCACUGAUUGAAAUGAUAAUUGAUACCCAGAACCAUUCCAAUCCAAACAACACAGUUAAGUUCAGCGAUAACAGCAGUGCGAUCAAGGGCUACACUCACAAGGUACUACGAGCGAAUAGGUUUGAUGAAUCUGGUCCCCUUGAACUGAAAUCUGUAAAUUCUGAUCUGAUCUUUACGGCAGAAACUCAUAACAUGCCUACUGCGUUGUCGCCAUUCAGUGGAGCAACAACAGGCACGGGUGGGCGAAUUCGUGAUGUUCAAAGCAUUGGCAGAGGAGGGUUGCCAAUUGCCGGGACCGUUGGAUAUUGCGUGGGGAUGUUGAACAUUCCAGGUUACCCAUUGCCCUAUGAGCAACAGCUCGAAUACCCACCGUCGUUCGCCAAACCGUUGAAGAUACUGAUAGAAGCCAGUAACGGCGCUUCGGACUAUGGAAAUAAAUUUGGAGAACCGGUGAUUUCCGGAUUUACCAUCUCAUUCGGGGUUGUAACCGAAGAUAGUGAGCGACUGGAGUAUGUUAAACCGAUUUUGUUCAGUGGAGGUAUUGGAACGGCGGAAUCUAGCCAAAUGCAGAAAAUUAAUCCAAAGUUAGGAAUGUUAUUGGUGAAAUUGGGUGGGCCUGUGUAUCGAAUUGGUGUUGGUGGUGGGGCUGCCAGUUCCGUUGAAGUGCAAGGUGACAACAACAGUGAUCUGGAUUUCAACGCCGUCCAGCGAGGUGAUGCUGAAAUGGAAAACAAGCUUAACCGCGUUGUUCGAGCUUGCAUCGAGAUGGGCGAAAAGAAUCCAAUCCUAGCAAUCCACGAUCAAGGUGCCGGUGGGAACGGAAAUGUACUGAAAGAACUGGUAGAGCCGGGAUGUGCGGGAGCGGUAAUCUUUUCCAAAGAAUUUAUUCUAGGAGAUCCAACAAUCACCUUAAUGGAGCUGUGGGGAGCUGAGUAUCAGGAGAACAAUGCUGUUCUCGUUGCUCCGGAGCACCGGCAGCUUCUGUUGGACGUUUGCGAACGUGAACGGUGUCCAGUUAGUUUUGUCGGAUUCGUCACCGGAAAUGGAUAUGUGUCACUGGUGGACGACGCCAUCAAUGUCAGCAAGUAUUCCGAGCGUGAGAAUCGCCCAAAAUGGGGUAGUUUACCCUUCGAUAUGCAUUUGGAUCACGUGUUAGGAAAAAUGCCACAGAAGGAAUUUCGACUACAACGAAAACCGAUGAGACUGCCCGAGUUCGAUGUCGGAAGUAUUUCGAUUUUGGAGGGACUGAAUCGAGUACUGUCUACCGUGACUGUCGGUAGUAAACGGUUUUUGACUAACAAGGUGGAUCGCUGCGUCACAGGACUAGUCGCCCAGCAGCAGUGCGUUGGACCGCUGCACACACCGUUGGCCGAUUACAGUCUGUCGGCGGUAUCGCAGUUCGGCGUCGAAGGCAUAGCCAGUUCCAUCGGGACUCAACCGGUCAAGGGUUUGGUGAACAAUCCGGCCGGUGCCCGGAUGUCGGUGGCGGAAGCCAUCUCGAAUCUAGUUUUCGCCGGUAUCACCGAGCUGGCUGAUGUGAAAUGUUCCGGAAACUGGAUGUGGGCUGCGAAGGUCGAUGGGGAAGGUGCCAAGCUGGUGGAUGCUUGUAAGGCCAUGUGUGACAUUAUGAGUAAACUAAACAUUGCCAUUGACGGUGGCAAAGAUUCACUUUCGAUGGCUGCCCGCGUUCGGAACGAAACGGUCAAAAGUCCGGGAACGCUCGUCAUUUCAACCUACGCUCCAUGUCCGGAUGUGAGGGUGAAGGUUACACCGGAUUUGAAGGCUGCUGCGUUGGGUGUGGAAACGACGUUGGUGUUUGUUUGUAUUGAAAAUAAAUUCAGACUAGGCGGUUCCGUAUUGGCCCAAUGUUUUGGGCAGCUUGGCAAUGAAACUCCAGAUCUGGAUAAAACCGAUAUACUUGUGCAGGCUUUUAAAAUGACACAGACGUUGUUGAAAGCCGGAAAGUUGCUCUCAGGCCAUGAUGUUAGUGAUGGUGGUUUGCUGGCUUGCGCUUUGGAAAUGGCAUUCGCCGGAUUGGCAGGACUGAAAUUGGAUUUGACGGAAUUAUUCAGCAAGUGUGGCAAACAAUUUGGAACGGAUAUACAGCAAGCUUCUAUGUACAUUUUAUUUGCUGAAGAAUGUGGUUGGAUUAUCGAGGUUACCUCAGAAAAUGUAUCUUGUGUCACGGAUACAUAUCAAUCAGCCGGUGUCCCUUGUUUCAUCAUAGGUCAUGGUUACAAAACGGACAUUCAUGACAGCGGUUCCGCUUCGGUUGUAAUGCGAGGUCAACAACUACUGAAGACUAGUAUUUUAAGCCUAUUAAAGCAGUGGGAAAGAACAAGUUUUGAACUGGAGAAACUUCAAAUGAAUGAACAGUGUGCAGUACAAGAAUACGCUUCGCUAGAUUUCCGGCGUGGUCCGACCUAUUCCUGUACGAUUAAUCCCGAUUUGGUAUACACUUCUAAAUUGAUAGGAACAAAACCACGUGUAGCUGUCAUCCGUGAGGAAGGUACCAACGGGGAUCGUGAAAUGUCCGCAGCACUUUAUGAAGCCAACUUUGAAGUCCAUGACGUGACCAUGAGUGACCUUCUGAAUAGGAAGACAUCUCUGGAUAACUAUCGCGGUGUCAUCUUCCCUGGUGGAUUCAGCUACGGAGACACGCUCGGUUCUGCCAAGGGUUGGGCUGCCUGCAUUCUAUACAGUGAAGUGUUGGCUCCUCAAUUCCGAAACUUCAAAUCCAGAAAAGACAGCUUUUCUCUGGGUGUUUGUAACGGAUGCCAACUGAUGGGUUUAAUCGGUUGGAUAUCGGCAGAUGAACAGAUGAACUCGAUCGAUGUUCCGGAUGUCGCUUUACUACACAACAAAUCCGAACGCUUCGAAUGCCGUUGGAGCACUUUGAAAAUCGCUCCAAGCAAUUCGAUUAUGCUAAGAAAAAUGGCCGGAAGUAUUCUCGGAUGCUGGGUCGCCCACGGCGAAGGACAAUUUUCGUUUAAAUCACAAGCAAUCUUGGAUCAGCUGAAGCGCAAAAGUUGUCUUGCCGUGCACUAUGUCGAUGAUGACGGUGAACCGACCGAAGUUUAUCCGAUGAACCCGAACGGCAGCGUCGAAGGCAUUGCCGGAAUUUGCUCGCCAGAUGGGCGGCACCUGGCCAUGAUGCCGCACCCGGAACGUUGUGCCCAGAUGUGGCAAUGGCCGUACACAUCCAGCGGGUUCAGUUAUCGAACGUCACCGUGGCAUUCCAUGUUUGCCGAAGCUUAUAUCUGGUGUAAGCAAGAUUAACUGUUAAUGUUCCUUGACUUUAAAAUUAUUAUACUAAUAAAUCUGAUUUUUCGAUUUACUGGAAA